UUGAGUAUGUUCAGUCGUGGUGACUAACGUGUAGCUGGUUGAGUUGCUUCUUUAUGGGCUCUGAGUUUCCUCCUGGGCAAUGGAGGUAGAAAAGCAUAACAGAGAAGCUUCAGCAAGAGAUACUUUGUGGAAGGAGAAGCGAAAGAAUAAAACAGUUGCUGAAGAGCAGGGCUUAGGAAGUGGAGAGAAGGGAAAGAGUGACGCUUCCAGGUGCAUAAACAGUGGCCACAGUCUUUUCCAACCCAAAGAGCCUCACAGAAGCAGGCAGAAAAUGGACAGAGAUGAUCUUUUCAAAGCUGAGUUUGUCUUUCUUACGGACUCAGAUGAAGACACGAAAACUGCACUAGGCAAUGGCUCUGGAGGUGAAAGAUCCAAGAUCCUAGAAACAUCCUGUGUGUCUGCCAGGAGUGAGUCCAGAGGACAAGAGAAUGUCCCACAGUUGCCUCUCCACCCUGAGCCUCCCUACAGUCCUGCCACUCAACAUAAACAGUCUCAGUUAACUCCUCCUCUGCCUGCCUCUGGCCAUCCUUCCCAUACAUCACCUGUUGUCUAUUUCCUUUCUCCGACUAACCUGAAAGUAGACCAUGAAGUGGCUCCUCCAGCCUAUCCUGCCUCUUCUCUGCAAGAAUCCUACAGCCAGUGGCAAUCUGCAAAUGGAUCCUCAAUCCACCAGUCAUCUACCUAUUUCCAUUCUACCACUUCUUCCAGUGUACCUUCCUCUGUAGUGAAAAGACCUUCUUUCCCAUUGCACAGCCUUUCAGACAGUGAUCAGCUCACCAGCAGUUCCAAGGCUAACACUCAUCAUGCGGACUCUGAAGCCACCUCAACACCCCUUUCCUCAAGGAAGGACUUGAGUCCUUCUUCACAACUUCUGAGUUCAGCCGCCAACACUCUCCAGAGCCCAUCCCCGCGGGCCCAUUCUCCUCUUCCUUCCAAGAGACUUACCACAUGGUCUGUGGUCCCUAUCUCUAUCACAGCACAUGUGUUGUCACCCAGCCCAAAGCCCGUGUCUUCUCCUUUACAUGGUUCUUCCUCAACCUUAUGCAGUGCAAACAAUCCCUGUAGUCAAAUGUCCUCUAGUGGAAACCUUCUGAUGAUGCCUGGAGGUAAAUCCUCUCUGCCCACCAGGCUUUCUCUUCUGACUGCUAUUCUGAAGUCAGGAUCUUCUCCCAAAAGGCCAUUUUCUCCUGCCUCUUGUCCUGCCACAUUUUCUCCCAAUUCCUUAGGCUCUUCAACGCUGACCCUAGACCAAAAGUUUAGAACAACCCCUCCAACACCGAAGAAGUCACCCUCAAGUUUCUCUGUUAGGUCUACUUCUCCCAGUCACGAUGAGUGCCACCUCUCAGUGUUUUCUAACACACCAAACCACACAAGCCUAUCCUCAAAGUCCAGUCCUCAUCUUAGAAGUAGGUCACUAUCCCCUAAAAAUCACUUGGACAUCAGGGCAAUGUCUCCCGACAAAUUACGCCCAUUGUCACCCACCAUUUCUUCCUACAGAAAAACUGUUGUAUCACCUCUCUUACACCCCAAACAACCCCAUCUGUCCUUACCUCCAAGUACACCAAGGAAAGGGGCCCGGUCCCCUGCCCACAGAACACACGGCCCAGAGAAUCUGAAGAAGGUACAUACCUACUCUCCCACUUUUACCGCCAAGUCGAUUCCCGUGUCUGUUUCUCUCACCAAUCCAAGGGACUUGGGUUCCUACCCUUCAGAAAAAGGCUGCCUUUCUCCAGCAUGGCAGCAUUCUAGUGCUCAACCCAAAGAACGUUUCCCACAAGCUUCAUCUAAGGAUCCUCACCCCACUUCACCAACUUCAAUCUGUUCACCUCACUGGCCCUUUUCUCACACAGACUCGACCUCACCUCCUCGGCCUGACUGUAAACUUAAGCCCUCUUCAGCUCAGAGAAAUUCUUCCUCAGUACACUCAAACUUCAGAGCUUGUCCACCAUCAUCAAGACCCAGGACCCCAGCAGGAACGCACCAAGGAUCCCCCACCGUGGUGCACUCACCCUACUCCCUGUGGUCAAGAUCUAGGGAGCUGAACUCUCCACUGUCUUUCUCCCUACCUUCUGAUUCUGAGAACCAGAUUCCCCAGAUCAGGACAAGCUACAAGGCAUUUGCUGCAAUCCCUACUAACACACUACUUCUGGAACAGAAGGCACUUGAUGAGCCUACUAAACCCGAAGCAUUGGUGGAGGACAAAACUUUGGAUACACAUUCAGAGAUGUGCUCCCCUGCCCAGCUCAGGCAACAGACAGAAGAGCUUUGCGCAGCUAUUGAUCAGGUCUUGCAGGACCCCCUGGCAAAGCACCAACAGGAUUCCUCUCCAAGGUCUCUGCAGAAUUUGUUUGAUUCAGAUGUAGGCAAACCAUCUACAGCAUUGCAGAAAUCAGCUGGACGGGAAACCAGAUAUGCUAACCUCUAUCUGUCAGGACCUGCAGCGACCGAGAGUCAAAAGACAAAGCCUGGUGUCAUCCGCCCGACAUUGGUGAAAGCAAAGAUAAUGGUUAAAGAAGAAGAACCCAUCCAACCAAAUCCAUUCAAAAAGUACUUAGAAGAAACCAGUGAUCCUGAAACUGAAGAGGAUUCAUCUCUUGUCCAGCCCUUUCCCCCUACUAAACCGAAACCCACUACAAAGUCCACACUACAUCCACUGUCUGUCUCUCAUGCUGACUCGCUAACUCCUGGACCAUUCAACCACGUGGGUUCCACCUUUGGGGAUAUCCAUGACUAUUCUUACACUCCUUACCAGCGCAAUGCUUUGUAUAAGAAGCACACUCAUCCUAUAGUACCUAUUCCGGAAAAUGAAGCCCUCAGCUCUAAAGAAAUAAUGCUUUGUUCUGUCAGAGCGAAAGACAAGCCACGUUUGCCGCCCUACCAAGACAAGAAAGAUCUAAGCAAAGGAAACUUUCCAGAUCCUGUGAGCCCUCACAGCAGAUCUCACUCUUUACUCAGAGAAGACCUUGGGAAUGAUUUCGCAAAGCUCAGCUAAGAGACCAUUUAGAGUUAGAUGUUAUCUGUAGAGAACACUUACAGUUGGGUGUAACACUGACAUGGAAUCCAUGUGGAAGGAGACUGAAGUGCUGCAGCUUAAUAUGGCCUCCCUCCGUCCCUCUUUCUCUUAGUAACAGUAAAAUA